GGGGGCGGCUUUCCGGGGCGUCUGGGACAGAAUGCCACGAUGGACGAGGGGGAGGCGCCCCUGCUCCCUGACAGUCUCGUCUACCAGAUUUUCCUGAGCCUGGGCCCCGCGGACGUGCUGGCCGCCGGCCUGGCGUGCCGCCAGUGGCAGGCCGUGUCCCGGGACGAGUGCCUGUGGAGGGAGCAGUUCUACCGCCACUACCAGGUGGCCCGCGACGUGCCCCGGCACCCAGCCGCCACGUCCUGGUACGAGGAGUUCCAGCGACUGUAUGAUGCCGUGCCCUGCGUGGAGGUGCAGACGCUACGGGAGCACACGGACCAGGUCUUGCACCUGAGUUUCUCGCACUCGGGCUGCCAGUUCGCCUCCUGCUCCAAGGACUGCACGGUGAAGGUUUGGAACAACGACUUGGCUGUCUCGCUCCUGCACAGUGUGGACAUGCGGCCGUACAACUGGAGCUACACCCAGUUCUCCCAGUUCAACCCGGACGACACGCUGCUGCUGGCGUCGGGCGUGUUCCUGGGACCCCACAACUCCUCGUCGGGCGAGAUCGCUGUCAUCAGCCUGGACACCUUCCUCCUGCUGUCUCGCGUGAGGAACAAGCCGUACGAUGUGUUUGGCUGCUGGCUCACAGAGACGAGCCUGAUCUCGGGGAACCUGCACCGCAUCGGUGACAUCACGUCCUGCUCCGUGCUCUGGCUCAACCAUGCCUUCCAGGACGUGGAGUCGGAGAAAGUGAACGUGGUGAAGCGGCUCUUCAAGAUCCAGAACCUCAAUGCCAGCACCAUCCGCACCGUCAUGGUGGCCGACUGCAGCCGCUUCGACAGCCCCGACCUGCUCCUGGACGCCAGCGGUUCAGCCGCGCCCCCGUGCCGCGUCUUUGACCUGGGCGGCGGCAGCGACAGCGAGGACGAGGCGCCGGCCCCGGUGCGGGCCAAGGAGGGCCUGCGGCGCCUCCUGGAUGACGUGCUGGACGGGCGGGCGCAGCCCCCGCUGUCCGCCAACGUGCUGGAGACCAGGGUGGCUGAGCUGCUGGGCCAGGGCCGCACCAGGCCCCCGGAGCCAGUGGCCGGCGACAAGCACAAGUACCUCAUCUUCACCACGGGCUGCCUCACCUACUCUCCGCACCAGAUCGGCAUCAAGCAGAUCCUGCCGCACCAGAUGACGACGGCGGGGCCGGUGCUGGGGGAGGAGCGCGGCGCCGACGAGUUCUUCGACGCGCUGGAUCACGUCAUCGACGUGCACGGCCACGUCAUCGGGAUGGGCCUGUCGCCCGACCACAGGUACCUGUAUGUGAACAGCCGCUCGUGGCCCAGCGGCGCGGUGGUGGCCGACCCCAUGCAGCCGCCACCCAUCGCCGAGGAGAUCGACCUGCAUGUGUUCGACCUCAAGACCAUGCGGGAGGUGAAGCGGGCCCUGCGUGCCCACCGCGCCUACACGCCCAACGACGAGUGCUUCUUCAUCUUCCUGGACGUCAGCAGGGACUUCGUGGCCAGUGGGGCCGAGGACCGGCAUGGGUACAUCUGGGACCGCCAUUACAACAUCUGCCUGGCCAAGUUGCGGCACGAAGACGUGGUCAACUCGGUGGUCUUCAGCCCCCGGGAUCAGGAGUUCAUGCUGACGGCCAGUGACGACGGCACCAUCAAGGCAUGGCGCUCACCCCGCACCGUGCGCGCCCUCCAGGCCCCGCGCCCGCGCCCACGCUCCCGCCCCUUCUUUUCCUGGUUUACUAGCCAGAGGCGCUGA